AUGCAAAAUACAUCUUGGAUCCCUUCUUUUCCUACAGCUUCGUUGUCAUACAGUUUCCUCUUUCUUAACUCUCUGCCCGGCUCUCCUGGAAGACAGAGAUGCUCUUGCUGUAAAUGGAGAGUUUGGGAUUCUGGAGGGAAGAAGUGUUGCACUUAUACACCCCAUUGUCAUGGCCUCAUGGGUGGUCUGUUCUUUUACACUUUGUGGGCUGGCUACUUGGGUUGGCAAUGGAGGCGAGUCAGGACCAUCCAAAAUGAGAUUAAUGAGCUCAAGAAACAAGAGAAGCCCGCUGCUGUUACCCCAGAAGGGAAACCAGUGGAAGCAGCCCCGUCUCCCGUGGAACUCGAAAUUCAGAAGUUCACUGAGGAGAGGAAGGAGUUGGUGAAAGGGUCUUACAGGGAUAGACACUUCAAUGCUGGAUCAAUACUGCUAGGUUUUGGGGUUCUUGAGUCUGUUGGUGGAGGUCUCAACACAUGGUUUAGGACAGGAAAGCUUUUCCCAGGUCCCCAUUUGUUUGCUGGAGCAGCUAUUACGGUGCUAUGGGCCUCAGCUGCAGCGUUAGUACCUGCAAUGCAGAAAGGGAGCGAGACUGCAAGGAGUCUUCACAUUGCCUCGAAUGCAGUUAAUGUUAUUCUUUUUAUCUGGCAAAUCCCCACAGGUAUAGAAAUAGUUCUCAAAGUUUUCGAGUUCACUAAAUGGCCUUGAUCUUGUCUGGUACUGUGUUUAUUUUCUCUGCUUAGGAGUUUGUAUCAUCAAAAACUCGCCCAUCAAGCAUAUAAUGAAUACGUCAGAGCAGUUAUGAUUCUUGCGCUUCAAUCUUUAAUACGAAACCAAUAAAUUGUGCUUCA